AUGAGUGGAAUCGUGAAGUGCCAGAGCUCGUCCUGCCCGAAUGGCAACCCGCCCUCGCGGCUUGAAUGUCCCACUUGCCACAAACUCGGGAUCACCGGCUCAUUCUUCUGCGGCCAGGAAUGCUUCAAGGCUGGAUGUGAGUCCCCCCUCCGCCGAUGGAAAAACCAUAAAAUCGUCCACGACAUCGCUAAGCUCAAGCUACCGACGACUAAUGAGGCCUCGGACGCCAACGCGUACAACCCGUUUCCGAACUACAACUUUACGGGCACCCUGCGCCCCAUGUACCCGCUAUCCCCGCGGCGCUCCGUCCCCGACCACAUACCUCGCCCCGAUUACGCCAAAGAUGGUGUACCCACGUCCGAGAUCAGGCGCUCAGGCAGUGCUCCGCGCAUUCUCAACGCCGAGGAGAUUGAGAAAAUGCGCACGGUCAGCAGGCUCGGGCGCGAAAUCCUCGAGAUUGGCGCUGCUGCUGUUAGGCCCGGGAUUACCACCGACGAAAUUGACGAAAUCGUGCAUAACGCGACGAUCGAGCGCAACGCGUACCCCUCUCCCCUGAACUACCGCAACUUCCCCAAAUCAGUUUGCACUUCGGUGAAUGAAAUAAUCUGUCAUGGAAUUCCCGACAAGCGCAAGCUUCGGGAGGGUGACAUUAUCAAUAUUGAUGUGUCUCUAUACUACGACGGAAUGCACGGUGACCUGAACGCGACGUACCCCGUUGGGAAGAUCGACGAAGAGUCCGAGAAGCUCAUCCGUACGACACGACAGGCCCUCGAUGAAGCGAUCAAGCUCUGCAAGCCUGGCGUCCUCUUCCGCGAUGUUGGGAAGGUGAUUGAACCGAUUGCCCGACAGAAUGGAUGCUCCGUCGUAAGGACUUACACUGGGCACGGCAUCAACGACCUCUUCCAUACCGCGCCGAAUAUUCCGCAUUACGCGAAGAACAAGGCCGUCGGGACGAUGAAGCCAGGCAUGGUCUUCACCAUAGAACCCAUGAUUAACCUCGGUGGCAACUGGUCAGAAGUGCACUGGCCAGACAACUGGACGGCGGCGACUGUCGACGGAAAGCGGAGUGCGCAGUUCGAAGAGACCUUGCUCAUCACGGACAGUGGCGUCGAGGUCCUGACCGCGCCUAUCCCGAAACCAGCUCAGGCCGAGCCCCAAAAGCCCGCAGAACCCUAG